AUGGACUCAGCACAACAUGUAGCAACAACGUUCAUCCUCCCGGGCUGGACCUCGGCGGUGCCAGUCCACAUACGGCCAGACGCAGUCAAUGACGGGCUGACGAGAGAUCAUGUCGAAAACUUCACCGCGUUCAAAAACUGGACCAGAACACUCAACAAAAACCUGUCCUUGCAAACGCAGCCCGGCCACGCCUCCCAGGCGGAUCCCUGGAAACUGCAAGAAAUCAUCAUCCAUCACGUAAAAUUCCAAAGCCCGCAAAGCAUCCGCUUCAUGACAGUCGAGGCCAAACUGCGACGUGAGUACGAACAGCCCCUCACGCUAGAUCGCGUCGUCUUCUUGCGCGGCGGCAGCGUGGCGAUGCUGAUGAUCCUACGGCCGCGCGACCUGCGCACCGAGCGGCAAGUCAUCAUGACCGAGCAGCCGCGCAUCGGCGCCGGCAGCACCGCCUUCCUCGAGAUACCCGCCGGCAUGCUCGACGACUCGAUGGAGGUGCGCGGCAAGGUGCUCGAGGAGAUCGAGGAGGAGACGGGCUUCACCAUCCAGCGCGACGAGCUCAUCGACCUCACCGAGCUCGCCAUGCGCGGCACCGAGACGCCGGACCAGCUAGAGGCUGGCAUGUAUCCGAGCCCGGCGAAUAUGGACGAGUACGUCACCCUGUUUUUGUGGGAGAAGGUGCUGGAUCGUCAGGAGAUUGAGGAUCUGAAGGAUAGGCUGAGCGGCUUGAAGAAGCAUGAUAAUAUGAUUACGUUGGUCAUUUGCAACUACGAGGAGAUCUGGAGGAAAGGCGCGAGGGAUUCGAAGACGCUUGCCGCUUGGGCACUAUAUGAGGGUUUAAGUAGGGAGGGGAAGAUCCAAGACGAACUGUAUAGAAUACGCACGGGCCGUUCGAGAUAA